UGGUUGCAACGACGGCCAGACAGCGGAGUUACGCAACCUCCCACUUCUGCCACGAACAUCAGGCAACGGUCCUCAGAUCUGGCGCCUCGAGGUGUCGCGCGCAAAGGGGCGUGGCCCUAGGCCGGGCGUGCUCGGAGAGGCGCGAAGAGGGAUUUGAGCACGUGAAACACCUCCUCCACGCCUCCCUUCCCCGCCCGCCGUUAUUGUCUCUUUAAGGUCGUGUCGAGGGGUGGGGGCGCGCGUGGAUGGCGGCGGGUUGUGGUGGUCUGAGCUCGUCUCGCGAGAUCAGCGUUGGCGCCGUGACCUCCAUGUGAGAGCAGCGGCGCUUUGGUAAACAGUCCUCGGGGUUAGGACAUGGCUCCCGCCGGCGCCCGUUAAGCUUAGCCGAGCCGGCAGCACCCAACUAAGCUCUGACAGGGUUUGCCGCCAUUCUGGGGGUGGCUCGCGAGAGCCGUUGCCGCUGGUGGGUUGCUUGAAAGGGAUCGGGGGACGAACCUAGGAGGAGUCGAGCCUGCUGGCGGGUCGGGGAAAAAGAAGGAAGGCCGGCCGGUAACAGAAGCGGCUUGCGCCGCGGCGGUCCUCGAGAUUCAGGCAGCAGCUCCUCAUCGCAACCCCCGCUUCGCCAAGUGGAAAAAUCCGGAGGCAGGAACCUCCCUUCUGCUUUUUUUUUUUUUUCUUCCCUCCUUCGGGAGCGCGCCAUGUGGAUCCAGGUACGGACCAUCGAUGGUGCCCAGACGCGGACUAUCGACGACCUCAGCCGGCUGACCAAGAUCGAAAGUCUGCGCGAAAAAAUCCAGGAAAGCUUCCGCGUAAGCCCUGAACGGCAGCGCCUUUUCUACCGGGGCAAACAGCUUGAAGAUGGCCAUACCUUAUUUGAUUAUAAUGUUGGACUGAAUGAUAUAGUUCAGCUUUUGAUACGCUCAGAGUCUGAUGUUCCUUCUAUAAUUUUGAAUAAAAAAGAUGGAAAGCCUGGUCCCUGUGUGGUUACCAACUGUAAGAAUAAAGUCAAACAAGGAGUGAACAGUGGAUCAUCAAAUUUGCCAUCUACAUCAUCUCGCUCCUUUCUUAUAGAUCCUGGUAUUGGUGAAUAUAAGAUAAAUGAAUUGGUGGAUGCCCGAGAUGUCACUAUUGGAUCCUGGUUCGAAGCUCAUAUAGAAAAUGUAACUCGAGCAACAAAAGGACAUAAAAAUGGAAAAGCUCAAGGAAAGAGUGGCAGUAAUUACAAAAGGACUAAUGGAAACUUGAGCCAAGAUCAUUCUAGAGAAAAUACAAAUAAUUUGGACAAUACACCUUCUACAUCUUAUACAGAUUAUAUGGAUACUGAAGAUAUUAUUUAUCGUAUCAAGUAUGAUGAAUACCCAGAAAGUGGCAUUGUGGAAAUGAAUGUCCAUAAUCUGCGGCCUCGAGCAAGAACUAUUUUGAAAUGGAAGGAAUUACAUGUAGGUGAUACAGUAAUGGUUAAUUACAACGUAGAGAGUCCAGAAGAAAGAGGAUUCUGGUUUGAUGCAGAAAUUACCUCUUUGAGAGAAAUUUCAAGGACUAACAAAGAGGCUUAUGCCAAAAUUAUGCUGGGGGGCCCAGAAGAUGUAAUAAAUGAUUGCAAACUACGUUUUAUAGAAGAAAUAUACAAGAUUGAAAAACCAGGAGCAUAUCCAUUGACAUUUGCAGAUGGAGAGUUCAAAAGGAAGAGUGGUCCUGAAUGUAAACAUUGCAGAGCUGACCCAGAUAAAGAAUGUCGAUUUUGUUCUUGUUAUUUAUGUGGGGGGAAACAGGAUGCACACAUGCAACUUCUCUGUGAUGAGUGCAAUAUGGCUUACCACAUAUAUUGCCUGAACCCACCACUUAGCAAAAUACCAGAAGAUGAGGACUGGUACUGUCCUUCGUGUAAAAAUGAUUCUAACGAGGUUGUAAAAGCUGGGGAAAAGCUCAAACAAAGUAAAAAGAAAGCAAAGAUGCCAUCUGCCUGCACUGACAGCCAACGAGAUUGGGGCAAGGGCAUGGCCUGUGUUGGCCGUACUAAGGAAUGCACUAUAGUUCCUUCUAACCAUUAUGGACCUAUACCUGGUGUUCCUGUUGGAGCAACAUGGAAAUUUAGAGUGCAAGUGAGUGAAGCAGGUGUUCAUAGACCUCAUGUUGGUGGAAUCCAUGGACGUAGUAAUGAUGGAGCGUACUCCCUUGUGUUAGCUGGAGGAUUUGAAGAUGAAGUUGACCGAGGUGAUGAAUUUACUUACACUGGGAGUGGUGGAAGAGACCUUUCUGGCAAUAAAAGAAUUGGGGAACAUUCAUUUGAUCAAACUCUAACACACAUGAACAGAGCCCUGGCUCUAAAUUGUGAUGCUCCAUUGGAUGACAAAAAUGGAGCUGAGUCUAAAAAUUGGAGAGCUGGGAAACCAGUUAGAGUUGUUCGCAGUUCAAAAGGUCGAAGGAUCAGCAAAUAUGCUCCAGAGGAAGGCAAUAGAUAUGAUGGCAUAUAUAAGGUGGUGAAAUAUUGGCCAGAAAUUGGAAAAUGCGGAUUUUUAGUUUGGCGCUAUCUCCUGAGAAGAGAUGAUGCUGAACCUGCACCUUGGACUACGGAGGGAAUAGACCGGUCCAAGAAAUUGGGCUUGAGUUUACAGUACCCAGAAGGCUAUUGGGAAGCUAUGGCAAAUAAAGAAAAGAAAGAUAAAGUAAAAAAGCAGCCUGUGAAACAGGAACAAAUGGAACAGAGCAAUGGAAAUCAGAAAAGACCAAUUAAUGAUGACAAUAUAAAGCAACCUACAAACACAGCCAAAACGAUGAAGCUGAGUGAUGGAGGGAAGGGAGAAGCUUUUCAGCUAACGCAGCAACAACAAUGGUUGAUACAGGAAGACUCUCCAAACCAGAAACUUUGGGAUGAAGUUCUUAAAUUUCUUAAAGAAGGACCAAAUUUUUUGAAGAAACUGGAACAAUCCUUUAUGUGUGUUUGCUGCCAGGAGCUGGUUUACCAGCCAGUGACCACAGAGUGCCUGCACAAUGUCUGUAAAAGUUGUUUACAGCGCUCUUUCAGAGCUGAAGUCUUCACCUGUCCUGCUUGCCGACAUGACCUUGGGAAGGGCUACACCAUGGUUCCCAACAAGAUACUGCAGACACUACUUGACCAGUUCUUCCCUGGUUAUAGCAAAGGACGAUGAUAUGUAUUUGUAACCUUAUUCUCCAAAUGACUGAAUAAACUAAAAGAACAAACCAUCUAGGAAAACAGUGGACCAGCCAUCUUGAGGGAAUUCAUAUUUACUAUCACAUUGUGAAGCCGCUAAUUCAACCCUUUUUCCCUGUUAGCAAUCUAUUGUGUAGUAAGAACUUCAAAUUCCCAGCUUCCUUUUCACAAAGGUAGUUUUGAACAGAUGACCAUUAGUUUGUAUGCAGGAAUAAAGGCUUUUCUUGGCUCUGGCCACCAUAGUAGCAGGUCUUCAGUUGUUUUUAUAACUACCUCAGAUGGAGAAAACAAAUUUGGGGGAAGUUUAACAACACAUCCAAUGAAGUUUAGCUACACACUGCCUCCUGAGCAUUAGUUUUGCCUGGUCCAUGCAAUUUGAUUUUGCAACAAGAAAACAGCACGUAAGAAGCCAGUUUUGUUGCAGAACAUCAAAUGCUGUGGUAUGCAUAAUUCUUUAUUGUGUUACCCCUCCUGCUGUGUUUCUUACUCCUUUUGCAACAACAAGCUUUUAGUCUAUUUUUGUGAACGUUAUUGUGCUCUGGUAUCUUCUGCAAGUUGACUACUAAGGACUAAGAACGAUAUGAAUGCAUUGUUGCUGUUGAUGUAAAGUGAUUUGUGUUUUUUGCACUUAAAGAGGGUAUUCAAGACGCUCUUAAUUGUGUAAAAACUAUUUCAUAUAAAACAAGCCACUUUUGUAUUAGGUAAAAUUGUUUGCUUUUAGUAGGUCUUGUAUUAGUGGCAAUACAUCUUAUACAGCAUUGAAAGCAGUGCUAGCUUGGAGAGGGCUCAAAUUGCUUCAUAUUGUGAUCUGAAAUUUUAUAUACAGUAUAUUCCCCACCCCUGAAUAUACUUAUUAAAUAUUUUAUGAUUCAUAAAGUGUUGAUUGUUUGCAUUUUACACCCAUAACAUGAUAGUAAGUGAUUUCCUAAAAUAGUGUUUAUAUAUAUUACAUAAAAUUCCAUUUGAAAUUUUGAUAAAUGGGAUCAGUAAACCUGAAGUUUACAUUAGUCCUUUGGGCAUUUGCCUUGCAGAGUUAUAUAUUUUAAAAUACAUUUUUAUAAGGCUUUCAUUCUGAGAGAUUACAUUUUCAUAUCAACUUUUGAUUAUAAGAUAGCAAAUGACUAGUGACAUCAGAACAGAUAUGUUUGAGUACUUACAUACUAUUUUAACAUAUACAUAGUUGUUUGUGCAUUGUUUGAGUGGGGAAGCUGGUAUUAUUCUUGUAUUACAAAUUGAAACUGAAGCUUUUUUAUUUCAAGUCUGUUUUAGGUAUGGUACUGAAUAUUGGAUUACCAUUAUUUAACUGGUUUCAGUUUACAUUCCAGUCUUUUUCCAUUAGCAGAAAGAAAUUAGAAUUAAAAUAGGAUAGUUUAAAAGAUGAAUGUUGAAUUCACAUGUAACACUGUCGGAAUGUUUUGCUUAACAGGUUGAAGCCAUAGAGACCUACUUUACAUAUAACACACUAAGUAAAACAGAAAUCAUUAUGGAUAAACUGGGCCAGUAUCAAAACUCAGGUUGAUUUAUAUUAUACUUAAGUCAAUCAGCCAGGAUAACAAAACUAUAAUUAAAUAUGACUUAUUUGCAUUAUUCACAGAUUAAAUGAACCAGAAUUUUUCAGCUGUGAUAGUAAUAGGUAUCUAGUUAGAUAAAAAUUGAAAGCAGAACUUUCCUAUUUCUCCCUCGGAUACACAAAUAUUGAUUUUGCUAUGUCAGCCAAUGGUCUUUUUAGUCAUAAGAAUUUAUAAAUUUGCAGCUAAAGCAGGAUAAGAAAGCAAAGUUUCAUAAAUAGUUUUAGCUUCUCUGGCAGCAAUAGCAGUCUCCUGAGUGAGCUGUGAGAUUAAAAACUUCUUUUGGGCUUUCAGUCAUGGCUAGUGAGUAUAUCUUCAGCCUAGAUAAAGGUUAAUCUUUUCAUGCCCUGGAAACCCAGCCUGCCUAUACUGGAUUCUGAGCCCCAUUUGUCAUGUCAAUUGGACCUCCAUGAUGAGGAAUAAAAUUGGGAGAGUCAAUUCUCCAGCUUUUAUCUAGAAAACCAGUUUCAAACUAAUCAAAAAUCCUUGCUUAUUUUGUAAUAAUAGUUAAUAUUAACCACAAACUGAUUGAAACCCAAGUCACAUAUUAUGGGCAUGAGCUUACGCCCUCUACUCAUAAAUAUUAAACCUGUAAAUUAGCAUUGUGUUUAAACCAGAGUACAGUUAAUUUUAAUAGAGACACAA